AUGUCUCCAUACAAAAAACUUCCACAAAUCUCAACCAACAUUUUAAACGACUUUACAUAUAUCACUGUUGUGGGAGCCAUCAGCGGAAACCCACACAUAACUGAAACGGCUAUAUCAUACGACAUUGCAGUCUCCCAAUAUGUCAAAACCGCAUCACAAGGCGCAUAUGAAACUUUUAUAAUUACGGCCUUCCACUCCCCCAAAAAUAAAUACCUUCUCAGCCAUACAAACGUCUACCAUCUAGGCAGUCGAAUCAAAAUCGACGGUGCACUCGAAUU